UUCAUAUAAGAAGUCCCGCGGUGAUUUUUGGAACUAAAUUUGACAGAUCGGCCAUGUUGUCGUUCGUCGAUGUUAGCAAGUUUGUUUGUUGUGGUAGAUUUUUGUGAGUUUUUAACUAUCUUAGUGCAUUUUAAAGAUUGUUUACAAUGCCAAAAGUUUUAAAAAGUUCGGCUCGAGAAAUGAUAUUGAAGGUGAAAGAGUUCUGUGAAGCGGAACAAAAAAAUCAAGGUGUUUUAAUACCACUAAACAAUGUUCGGAAGAGAGUCGCCGCCAUAACAGGUGUGUCAGAGAAAACUGUAACAAGAAUUACAAAAGAAGGUACAACAGCGGCGAGUACUUCGAAAAAAAUUGUCACCCCGGGGAAGAGUCGCCCACAUCCGAAGAAGAUCGACUUAGACGGGUUCGAUUUGUGCGCUGUCCGGCAAAAAAUUCACAGUUUUUACGUUGUGCAUAAAGAAUUACCAACAUUGGCUAAAUUACGGGCAGCUCUUAGAGAAGACAUCAAUUUUCAGGGAAGCAUCACAACAUUGCACAGGAUAUUAAAUAGGAUUGGUUUCAAGUAUAAGCGAUGUCAAUCCAGACGCAAACUCCUUAUGGAACGCCACGACAUUACCGCAUGGCGUGCAAGAUAUUUGGAUAAAAUUCGAAUAAAUCGCACUGUGGAAAAACGACCCAUUGUAUACUUAGAUGAGACCUAUAUACACAACACUUAUCACACAAAAAGUUGUUGGCAGAGUGAGGAGGAACCAGGAAUGUUCGUCUCAGAGUCAUCAGGGAGUCGCUGGAUAAUCGCUCAUGCGGGAACAAAAGAUGGAUUCAUAAAUGGUGCAUUAUUAAUGUUCAAAUCCCAAUCAAAGUCCUCAGAUUACCACGAUGACAUGAACUCUGCAAAUUUCUUAAAAUGGGUGACGGAAAAACUAAUACCUAAUCUACCUGAAAAGUCGCUUGUGAUAAAGGACAACGCUCCUUACCAUUGCACUCAGAUAAACAAAGCCCCUACAAUGUCAAAUUUAAAAAGUUGUAUGCAGGAAUGGCUUCGGCAAAAAGGUAUAUAUUUUGAAGACACCUGGAGAAAAGCUGUGCUGUUUGAUCUAAUCAAACAAAAUAAAGGUCCACCGACAUUUGCAGUGGAUGAAUUAUUAACAGCUCACGGACACGAAGUAUUAAAGUUGCCGCCUUACCAUUGCGACCUCAACCCGAUUGAGAAAAUCUGGAGCCUUGUAAAACGAAAGGUGGCGGAUAAGAACGUGGCACAAGAUCCAAAAGAAAUUGUAAAGUUGACUGAAGAGGCCUUUGCGUCUAUUACGACGGAAGAUUGGACAGCUCAGUGCACGCAUGUCGAACAUUUAGAGGAGGAAUAUUUAAAAAAUGACGGCCUUAUGGAUGAAGAGAUGGACCGAAUAAUUAUAUCUACGGCUAGUGAUACUGAAACAGAAUCUGAUACUGUUUCCAUCCAAUCUUCAGACAGUGAUGUUCCUAUGGCUGCUGAUCACAAUUAUUCAAUAAAACUCUGAAUAAAAAAUUGUAAUGCUUUUCUUUACACUAUUUUCUCAUCUUUUCCCUGCAAGUAGGUAGGUAGUAGACAUUUUGAUAAAUAUUAUGCCCAAAAUAUACUUUUGACUUAUCAGAAAUACAUGUUUCACUAAUCUGAACUAUUGUUAUAGGGCUUGAGUAAUGAAGUUACAGUAUAUCUAAAAUACUUUUAUUUCUUAAUAGAAUAUAAGAGCUUGAAU